UUGGUAUAUAAGGUCGGUCUUUGAGAUACAUGAUCAUUCAACGCUUGAUUUCUCGUGUUUGCACCAUUACUAGUCCCAUAAAAGCACAUCAACAUGAAUAAAAUUGUAAGAUUCAGGCAUUCGCUUGCAUAUUGUGCGAUAAAUGUUCUUUUGUUAAGUUUUAUCUCGUUUGGCAAUAUGGUGUUGGGUAGUCAUUUUGCCGAGGACCAUGGUGGUUCAUCGUACGAGGAAAAAACGAAAGCUGUAGAAAUUCCAAUCAUUAAAAAAUAUGCUAUACCUAUUCCGCAUCCUGUGCCUGUCGAAGUGCCUAAGGAAAUUAAAAUACCAGUGCCUCAACCUUAUAAAGUACCAAUUGAAAUCCCUCAUCCAUACCCAGUCGAAGUUAUUAAACAUGUUGAGAUACCCAUUGAAAAACCAGAGCCUGUUAUUGUCGAAAAACAAGUUCCUUAUAUCGUGGAGAAGCCAUAUCCCGUUUAUGUAGAAAAGAAAUUCCCCGUACCAGUGGCAAAACCAUAUCCUGUUCAUGUCCCAGUCUAUAAGCAUGUGGUCCAUUAUACAUCCAAGGGUAAACAUUAGACUUCGCGAAUAUUAUUUUAUACUCAAGCUGUAGCGUCAAGGAAUUCAAUUAGGAACAAUUCCUUUCGAUUUCAAUCGACCUGAUGAUUGUAUUAAUGCGCAUUUUUUUGUGGUAUUACAAAAACUUUUUUUAAAUUCGCUUUAAUAAAUAAAUCUUGUAAAUAAAUCUUCUCUUGAGAUUUAUGUUGCUGAAUAGAGAGAUAUAGUGAGAUGGAAAUGGAAAGCGUAUAUGUUAUGAAAUCUACCAGAUUUUUUAAUCUGAUAAGCCGUCCUAUAGAUAAUUUUGUUAUGCGUUUUUUUAUUGUUAAGUUUUUAUUGAUGUAAAAUAUAUUAAUUUUAUAGCAAUUGUUAAUAAACUUUGUUAAUUUCAA